AUGGGCAGGGAAAGAAGCGGGUUCGCUUUUAGAGCUGUCCCUCCUGUCGAGCUCUGUGAUGUGGGCCCCGGGCUCCUGGCCCUGGCCCUGGCGGGGGUGAAGCCUAGCUCUGUCAGCGCGCCUCUGCCCGGGGUUCAGCAUGAGCAGCGCAGCCUGGACCCUUUGGGCUACACGUCAGCUGAUCUUAGCCUUUCUGUUUGCAUUUCUUCUAGGGAACUGUUUUCACCAUCUCAGAAAUACCAGCUUCUCGUAUAUCAUGCAGACUCUCUCUUCCAUGAUAAAGAAUAUAGAAAUGCUGUAAGUAAGUAUACGAUGGCCUUGCAGCAGAAAAAAGCAUUAAGUAAAACUUCAAAAGUAAGACCUUCUACUGGGAAUGCUGCAUCAACUCCCCAAAGCCAGUGUUUACCAUCAGAAAUUGAAGUGAAGUAUAAAAUGGCUGAAUGCUACACAAUGCUGAAGCAAGAUAAAGAUGCCAUUGCUAUUCUUGAUGGGAUUCCUUCCAGGCAGAGGACCCCAAAGAUCAAUAUGAUGUUGGCAAAUCUAUACAAGAAAGCAGGUCAAGAACGCUCAUCUGUUACAAGCUACAAAGAAGUACUGAGACAGUGCCCUUUAGCACUCGAUGCCAUACUAGGCUUGCUCUCGCUGUCGGUGAAAGGUGCGGAAGUGGCCUCUAUGACCAUCAACGUAAUUCAGAGUAUUCCUAACUUGGAUUGGCUUUCCGUGUGGAUCAAAGCAUAUGCUUUUGUGCAUACUGGAGACAACACAAGAGCAAUAAAUACCAUUUGCUCUUUAGAGAAAAAGUCAUUGCUGAGAGAUAACGUAGACUUACUGGGGAGCUUAGCAGACCUGUAUUUCAGAGCUGGAGAUAAUAAAAACUCUAUUCUAAAAUUUGAACAAGCACAAAUGCUGGAUCCUUACCUAAUAAAAGGAAUGGAUGUAUAUGGUUAUUUAUUGGCACGUGAAGGACGACUAGAGGAUGUGGAGAACUUGGGCUGCCGACUCUUCAAUAUUUCUGAUCAACAUGCGGAACCCUGGGUGGUAUCUGGGUGUCAUAGUUUCUACAGUAAACGAUACUCCCGUGCCUUAUACUUAGGAGCCAAAGCUAUCCAGCUUAAUAGUAACAGUGUUCAAGCUCUUCUGCUGAAAGGAGCUGCUCUUAGGAAUAUGGGCCGAGUACAAGAAGCAAUUAUACACUUCCGUGAAGCAAUACGUCUUGCACCUUGCAGGCUGGAUUGCUAUGAAGGUCUCAUUGAAUGUUACCUAGCGUCCAACAGUAUUCGUGAAGCUAUGGUUAUGGCAAAUAAUGUGUAUAAAACUCUGGGAGCAAAUGCACAGACACUCACUCUGUUAGCAACAGUCUGUCUCGAAGACCCAGUCACGCAGGAAAAAGCAAAAACAUUAUUGGACAAAGCACUAACGCAAAGACCUGAUUACAUUAAAGCUGUCGUAAAGAAAGCAGAACUUCUUAGUAGAGAACAAAAGUAUGAAGACGGAAUUGCUUUGCUGAGGAAUGCACUGGCUAAUCAGAGUGACUGUGUUCUGCACCGAAUACUGGGAGACUUUCUCGUAGCUGUCAAUGAGUAUCAGGAAGCAAUGGACCAGUACAGCAUUGCCCUAAGUUUGGAUCCAAAUGAUCAGAAGUCACUAGAAGGAAUGCAGAAAAUGGAAAAAGAGGAAAGUCCAACAGAUGCAACCCAGGAAGAAGAUGUGGAUGAUAUGGAGGGAAGUGGAGAAGAGGGGGACUUGGAAGGCAGUGACAGUGAAGCAGCUCAGUGGGCAGAUCAAGAACAGUGGUUUGGCAUGCAGUAACGGCCUCUCAUCCUGCUCCUUAUUUUGGCACUUGAACAUACCACUAGGGCCAUUCUUCUUUGAAGAACAUAAACUAUAAUUUUUGCAGUAACAAAGGACCUUUUUUUUUUUUUUUUCUUUUUAUAGACUCUGAAACCGUGUAAUAGUUCUGUGCAUCUCAAUACCAUGAAGAUUCUUGAUGCUUCUUAUUUAUUAAGUGUAAGGAACUAACUGUAUCAGAAGUUAUUUGCAACUUUAAUUUCAAAAAAG